CGUUAACCUACGUGAGUCAGAUACACACAAACGAGGAGCUCUCAGACAGCACUGGACUCCCGUAAAAGAUGCCACGUCUAAUCAGAUGCACUAUUAAGUCAGAUCUGUGCCUCCUGUGUGAACACAGCCUCAGAUUCUGGGUAUGCUAAGACCUGCGUCAUCAUAAACAAUUCAGUGAUGAGUGAUGUAUCAAUGAUGAGCAGCGAAGGCUCUUCUGACUGGAGCAGGACGGUGGUGGUCGCCGGAGUUCCUGACGUGUUGUCCAGUGAGCGAAUGAGCGACAAACUCACCAUCCACUUCCAGAGCGCAAGGAGCCAAGGAGGGGACGUGAAGGAGGUGCAGUACCCCACUCAUCUUAAGGGCGUGGCCUUCAUCACCUUUGAGAACUGGCAAGAUGCAGACAGGGUGGUUGAGUGUAACCAAAUGCUGAAAGAUAAAGAGUUUGAUGAAGAAUAUCCUCUUACUGUUUACAAGUUUACUCCAGAGGUCACCUUUUAUGCUUACGCUGACAUGGAUUUGUCACUCUUCCCUGACCUUUCGACGUUGAUCACGAGCAUGAGGUCCACCUACAAGUCGGUGCGGUUCAAGCCCUCCCUGACCAAAGUGGGAUUCGUCUCAGCAGAAGGUCCAUUUUCUGCCUUCCGAGAGCUGCGGAAAGAUCUGCUCAGUCGUGCCCAAAGCCUCAGAGACAUGCAGCCGAGCCCAGACAAGGCCGGACCUUCCAGAUCGGUGGUGGAAGAAAAAAACAGGACAGAAGAAACUGUGUCGUUAUGGCUAGACACUCACGUAUACAUGUACAUUCAGAUGAUGGACAAAAGGGAGUGGGACAGAUGUGUGGGCGGGCAUCAUGUGACAGCUCAAGCAGUGAGUACAGGUGAAUUGACCCAAGUGAAGUUACAUGGCACAUGCGAUUCAUCUGCACUGGCCGCUGCACAAAGAGAUUUGGAGAUGCUAGUGGCUGUAAGACAGGACCUUUUACGCACUCAGCGCAUAGACUACAGUAGCAGUGAUCUGAGUGUUAGGAAGCGGAUAUUACAAGCUUGUGAAUCUGCACAGGAUGCUUACAGAGAUGUGUGUUACGUUCUUACAGAUUCUUGUAUUGAAGUCAUCGGCCCCUCCUUCUCCAGCCACCUGUUCUGUGAGAGGGUGAAGAAAGCGACCGAUGGUUUAUGGGUGUGAGCAGAUGGACUGAAAGAUAGCACAAAGCUGUUGCUAUGGCUGCUGCUACAGUAGAGCCGUCACCUCCGCCACGCUUAGGUAAGUAACCAUGCUGUUAAACAUGUUUAUUCAGCCCACUUGUGGAGUCAAGUCAAGAAGCAGCUGCAGGAGAGAUUCAUUCUGCUUCAAGGAGAGCACAAAAAUAACUCCAGUCAUGCUACGUGGGAAAAAAACACAGCAUUAGCAUAGCCUGAGGCACACAGAGCUACGCUAAACACGGCCUACACACUGAUAUCACCAGCUGAGGUUAAAUGCAAUCAUAUUCAAGACUGGACUUAAAUGGAUUUUAUUAGAAACACAUCUUGUUCUUCCACUUAAUGACCACUUUAUGAGCUCCAUCUACCUUCUAUUCAUGCACAUUCUGUCAACCUCCCUUUAGCCCAUUCAGUAAUGGUUUCCACAGGAACACUGUUGACCAGAUAUGAUUUGGGUGGUGGACUGCAGAGAUACUAACAUACAGUGUGAUAGUGUGUGCUGCACUGAUACAAGACCAUCAGGCACAGCAGCAUUGCUGGAACUUUUACACAUUUGUUAGGUUAAGAAUGUCUGAAAAAUAUCCAAACAAGAGUGGUGCUGCAGCCAUUGAUGAAGGCCUAGAUGAUGGCUAACAUAACAUGCAUGGAAACAGAUGGGCUACAACUGCAUGUGAUACACGGGUAUAUAUAUAUGAGCAUUAUAGCAAUUUAGCCUAGUGCUAGAAAAGUUUCUACCUCACCAAAAAGAAAAAAAAAACAGCAUAGUUGGUCACCAGCAAAGCCAGCAUAUGUUGUGUUUUGAAUGUUGCUCUGCUGGUCA